AUGCUCGACUCGACCUCCACCGGCCUCAACGCUUCGGACGGCCUGACUGCCGUGCGCAGCACUGCUGGCCACAAGAAGCCGGGCCUGCCCCGCUGCGAGUCCUGGCAUCUGGCCGCGAGCCGCAUGGACGCGCUCGUGUCCGAGAAGGGCUCGGGCGAGGAGGCGGACAUGAUGAAGGUUCUCUCGACGACUGACGGCGCGGUGAACCUCCAGCGCCUCAAGCAGGUGUGUGCGCGCGCCGGGAUCCAGUGGGGCAAGGACGCGCGUCUGACGGAGGUGUUCGAGGCAGUGGACCGCGCGAUCGAGGCCGGUGGCGCGCAGUGCUCGCCGCAGGACUUCUACCAGAUGUGCUCGUCGAACCUCCUGCUGCUCAAGGAGAUCUGCGAGAGCCGCCUCGUCAUCCCGGACUUCGAGGGCUUCUGCCACAAGCUCUCGUACCUGCACAACAAGGUACUCCCCAACAAGAGCGGCGCCAACGCCGACUACAUCGCCGUCCUGCGCGACGCCGAGUCCGAGCGCUUCGGCGUCGCGGUGUGCACCGUCGACGGCCAGCGGUGGGAGACGGGCGAGACGAACGACUACUUCACCAUCCAGUCCACGUCGAAGCCCAUCACCUACGCCAUGGCCGUCACGGAGCGCGGGCGGGACUUCACGCACUCGUACGUCGGCCAGGAGCCGUCGGGGCGGCCCUUCAACGACCACGGCCUGAUGCUCGACGGCUCGAACCGCCCGUACAACCCCAUGGUCAACCAGGGCGCGCUCAUGACGGCGGGCGUGGUGGCCAGCGGGCACCGCGGCAAGGCCCCGCGCGCCAUCGUCCAGCACAUCAUGGACACGUGGGCCAAGCUGUGCGGCAACGUCGGCGAGGUCAAGUACGGGCAGGUCUGCUUCGAGUCGGAGAAGGAGGACGCGCACAACAACUGGGCGCUGUCGUGGAUCCUGGCCGGGAAGCGCGGGCUCCCGGACUGCGGCGCGGGCGCGCCGGAGGUCGAGGAGAUGCUCGACACGUACCUCGGCUGCUGCUCGAUCGAGGUGACGUGCGCCAUGAUGAGCGUCGCGGCGGCGACGCUGGCCAACGGCGGCAAGUGCCCCAUCACGGGGGUCCAGGUCUUCUCGCCCGAGGUGGUCAAGAUGACGCUCACGCUCAUGGCCACGUGCGGCAUGUACGACGGCGCGGGGCGCUUCCUGUUCGAGACGGGCCUGCCGGCCAAGUCGGGCGUGUCGGGCGUGGUCAUGACGGUCAUUCCGAACGUGAUGGGCCUCGCGACGUUCUCGCCGCGGCUGGACGCGAACGGCAACUCGGUGCGCGGCGUGGCGUUCAACCAGGCGCUCGUCGACAUGUUCACCUUCCACCAGUUCGACAACCUGUCGUCGCUGGGCUCGGGCAAGGUCGAUCCGCGGCUGUCGGAGGUCAACCACCGCUCGCACCGCCUGAGGAUGAUCCAGUGGGGCAUCCAGAGCGGCGACAAGCACGCCAAGGAGUUUUUCGCCGCGCUGCGCCGCAUCGUCAGCCUCGUGGCGGUGAUCGACGGCGAGGUCGUUCCGGGCGAGGUGGAGAUGUGCUGCAACGUGCUGCACAAGGUGCUCGGCGUGUCGGUGGGCAAGAAGGCGAUGCACGACGAGUGCGAGGCCGCGCUCAAGGAGGGCGUUCACGGCCUGGACGAGCUUAUUCCCGUCCUGCAGAAACUCGGGGGCAGCAUGGACGAGGUCCAGGCCGAGAUCACGCUGGAGUCGAUGUUCUGCGUGGCCGCCGCGGACGGCGCGGUGACCUCGCAGGAGCGCGAGGCCAUGCAAGAGCUGGGCGCCCAGCUCGGGCUGCCGCCCUACGUGGUCGACAUGAAGCUGACGGAUCUGCAGGCGGAGCUGAAGGUGGAGGUCGAGCAGGCCGGGCUGAGCAUACGGGCCAGCUCCAAGAACGGGCAGGUGGAGACGGUGCUCGAGGAGGACGGCGACGAGGCGUGA